AUGGAUGAGGUCGGUCUCCGAGGUCACGCGAUCGCGUCAGUCAGCGUCAUGCUCUCUUCUGCUCCUCGCUUACUCACCCAUUCCAUCCGCUCAAAGCCCUUAUAUACCUCGUCUUGCGCCAACGUCCUCCGAACAAGCUCAAUCUCGCCCAGAAUCAACCACCCUUUCCGCCGCUACUCAUCCAGAACCAUGUCCGCUCAGGAGAUCACCGAAGUGCGCACCACCAUGUCUCUCGCGUCGCGCUAUCCCACUAACAGCGCAUUGGGAGCACAGAACGAAAUCGGCUCACACAAGAUCACGAUCUUCACCCGCUCCUGGUGUCCGUACUGCCGCGCCGUGACCUCCCUCUUCUCGUCAGAGUUCCCCGAGGAAGCGCCGCACAUCGUCGAGCUCGAGUCUCGCAGCGACGGAGAUGCGAUCCAGAGCUACCUCGCCCAGAAGACCGGCCAGACGUCGGUUCCCAACGUCUUCAUCAACGGGAAGCAGAUUGGCGGCAACGACAAGACCCAGGCUCUGUUCCGCUCCGGCGAACUGUCCCAAUUGUUGAGCGCGUAGACGUAUGCGUAUAAUACCUAGAUAGACUGGCUUCGAAUGUACAUCUUGUGAACCAACUGCUCUGUGACACACCAUCAAGGCUCAGACCGAUAUAAACCCUUACGACGAUCACCGUGAGCUGUCGGC